AUGUCGACGCAACCACCCACUCGCGGCAAUGCCGCCGCCAACGACGAAGUGCCGCUCGACAGGAGCAAGUUGGACUACUCGGUCUACCUCGUCACGGGACGCGAGCUGCUCCCUCCGGGUGUGGACUUCUUCGACAGCCUCGAGCGCUCCCUCCGAGACGGCCACGUCGGCAUGGUUCAGAUCCGAGAAAAGGAUGCAGAGACGGGCCACUUUCUCGAAAUCGCAAAGAGGGCCCUCGACAUCUGCGACAAGUACAACGUCACGAUGCUCAUCAACGACAACCUCACCGUCGCCCUCUCGCUGCCGGCGCGUGUCGGCCUGCACAUCGGGCAGGACGACAUCCCCGUCGCCCAGGCGCGUCGCCUCCUCGGCCCAAACCGCCUCCUUGGCAUCUCGGUCAAGAGCGUCCAGCAGGCCCUCGACGCCAAGCGAUCUGGCGCAGACUACGCCGGCGUCGGACCGUGCUACGGCACCCAGUCCAAAAAGGGCAUCACCGCCGACAAGGUCAUCGGACCAAGGGGCGCACGCGAGAUCGUCGAGGUCCUGGGCGCCGGCGCCAGCGGUGGCGGGUCCGAGACGAGGAUGCCCUGCGUCCUCAUCGGCGGCCUCAACCAAAAGACGGCGGCCAGGACCCUGUUUGGCGCCACCUCGUCGACCAACGCCCCCGACGGCAUCGCCGUCAUCUCGGCCAUUGUCGCCAGGGUCGACUCGGACGUCGCCGCGCGGGAGCUGGGCGAGAUUGUGUCGCGCUUCAAGCUCGGUCUCGCCGCAUCCCGCUCGUCGUCCUCGUUGCCGUCGGAGUCGGGCUCGGCCCUGCUCUAUUCCGCCUUUGCGCCGCACCCGUCCCUGCUUCCGCCCUCAUCGCCGACAGACGCAGCGUUCUACGUCGACCGCGCCGCCUCGCUCCUCUCGACGCUGCGGAGCUCGCCCACGGGUCCGCCGCUGAUCCAGACGAUCACGUCGCACGUGUCGUCGACGCUCUCGGCCAACAUCGCGCUCGCCUUUUCCGCGAGCCCCAUCAUGAGCCACGAGGCCGAAGAGGCCGAGGAGCUGAGCGGCGCCGUCGGCGGGCUCGUGCUCAACAUUGGCACCAUUGGCCCGCCCAGCCGUGCCGGCAUGAAGGUGGCGGGCGCGGCGGCCAACCGUGGCGGCAAGCCCGUCGUCCUCGACCCUGUUGGAUGCGGUGCGACGAAUUUCCGAAAGGAGGUCGUCAACGAGAUCCUCAACCACACGCAAGUCACGCUGCUGAAGGGCAACGCCGCGGAGCUGUCAUCGAUCUCGGGCAGCGCCGAAGUGGCCGCGCGAGGCGUGGAUUCGGGGUCCGGACAGCUGUCGGAUCCCGUCGCCCUGGUGCGCACCCUUGCCUCGCGGGAGCGGUGCCUGGUGCUGCUGAGCGGCAAGACGGACUACCUCUCGGAUGGGCAGCGCGUCGUGGCCUGCGAUAAUGGGCACGAGCUGCUCGGCAGGAUCACGGGGAGCGGCUGCGCCCUGGGCGUCAUGCUCGCCGUUGCGCUCGCCUCUUGUGUCCAUCCCCGCGUCGCUGUCGAUGCUGCAUCGCCAGAGGAUGGGGAGAGUGGGGGCGGGCUGGGGAAACUGAUGGUCAACCACCAGGAGGAUCUAUUCGUCGGUGCCUUGAUGGCCCUGCUGAGCAUGACCAUCGCAUCCGAACAGGCCGCCGCCCGUCCCGACGUCCGGGGACCGGGAUCCUUCAUCCCGGCCCUCAUCGACGAGAUCGCCAGCAUCUCGCCCGACGACAUCAAAAAGGCCGCGCGGAUCAAGGUCGUCGCGUAA